AUGAUUGGUCAUCGGCCCUUGAGAAUGAAGAGCGCCCGCUGCACUUCCUCCACAUGUGCGGAUCCUAGCGCAGCGCCCGCUGUACUUUUUGCACACGUGCGGAUUGGCACCGAGACGCGAAAACAGCCGAACCGGUACAGGUCAUGGAGCCGGCAAUUUUCCGUCGUGGAGCUCAAUGACCAAUCAUUCUCGGUUCACUCCCUGGCACUUUCCAGCAUAAUCGCAGGCGUUUGUAGCCCCGAGACGCGAAAACAGCCGAACCGGUACAGGUCAUGGAGCCGGCAAUUUUCCGUCGUGGAGCUCAAUGACCAAUCAUUCUCAGUUCACACCCUAGCACUUUCCAGUAUAAUCGCAGGUCCGUCAUGGAGCCGGCAAUUUUCCGUCGUGGAGCUCAAUGACCAAUCAUUCUCGGUUCACUCCCUAGCACUUUCCAGCAUAAUCGCAGAGCUCCAUGACCAAUCAUUCUCGGUUCACUCCCUGGCACUUUCCAGCAUAAUUGCAGGACAUGGAGCCGGCAAUUUUCCAGGGUUGGAGCUCAAUGACCAAUCAUUCUCGGUUCACUCCCUGGCACUUUCCAGCAUAAUUGCAGGUCCCCCCGAGACGCGAAAACAGCCGCACCGGUACAGGUCAUGGAGCCGGCAAUUUUCACACGUGGAGCUCAAUGACCAAUCAUUCUUGGUUCACUCCCUGGCACUUUCCAGCAUAAUUGAAGUUCCGUCAUGGAGCCGGCAAUUUUCCGUCGUGGAGCUCAAUGACCAAUCAUUCUUGGUUCACUCCCUGGCACUUUCCAGCAUAAUCGCAGGUCCCCCCGUGACGCGAAAACAGCCGCACUGGUACAGGUCAUGGAGCAGGCAAUUUUCCGUCGUGGAGCUCAAUGACCAAUCAUUCUCGGUUCACUCCCUGGCACUUUCCAGCAUAAUCGCAGCCGCACUGGCACAGGUCAUGGAGCCGGCAAUUGUCCGUCGUGGAGCUCAACGACCAAUCAUUCUCGGUUCACUCCCUGGCACUUUCCAGCAUAAUCGCAGGUCAUGGAGCCGGCAAUUUUCCGUCGUGGAGCUCAAUGACCAAUCAUUCUCGGUUCACUCCCUGGCACUUUCUAGCAUAAUCGCAGAUCCGUCAUGGAGCCGGCAAUUUUCCGUCGUGGAGCUCAAUGACCAAUCAUUCUCGGUUCACUCCCUGGCACUUUCCAGCAUAAUCGGAGGUCCGUCAUGGAGCCGGCAAUUUUCCGUCGUGGAGCUCAAUGACCAAUCAUUCUCGGUUCACUCCCUGGCACUUUCUAGCAUAAUCGGAGGUCCGUCAUGGAGCCGGCAAUUUUCCGUCGUGGAGCUCAAUGACCAAUCAUUCUCGGUUCACUCCCUGGCACUUUCCAGCAUAAUUGCAGCCCCGAGACGCGAAAACAGCCGCACCAGUACAGGACAUGGAGCCGACAAUUUUCCAGGGUUGGAGCUCAAUGACCAAUCAUUCUUGGUUCACUCCCUGGCACUUUCCAGCAUAAUCGCAGCCCCGAGACGCGAAAACAGCCGCACCGGUAUAGGUCUUGGAGCCGGCAAUUUUCCGUCGUGGAGCUCAAUGACCAAUCAUUCUCGGUUCACUCCCUGGCACUUUCCAGCAUAA